GGUGAUAUUUAAGAGUGUCGAGUAUGAUACUCAUCCUUGUGGUCUUAUAUCAAUGGUGGCGUCAAUGCAUCCUUUGGUGAAGAAAUGCAUCAGCAGAAGUUGAAAGAACCAGGAAACCAGCAGGACCGAGAUGAAGAGCGGCCAUGUUUUACUUAUGUUCGUGAGGCUAAGAGGACAAGAUGCUUGGCAAAGGCGGCGGAUUCUAAAGGAACAUUCGCGCUUUUUUGGCACCCAAUUCGUACUUUAAUAUCGCAAACCAGGAACACGAACAAAACUAGGGAGCUAGCGCACGUGGGAUUGACUGAGCUAUCACUUGCCGUUCUGUUACUGGAUCUCAUUGUUGUUUCUCUGCGGUCGAAAGUUGGUGUAGCAUCACGUGUAGGCUGUGUUCUGCUCGGCAUUUCUGGGCGUCGCAGAAUCCGUCUAAGAUCACCAGAUAGCAGGAGAUCGAUGAGCUGUUGGCUCGGCUGUGCACGGUUUCAAGGGCUGGGCGAAGUGCCAACCCUUGGCAUGUCCGUCAGCCACCACACUGGUUUUUAUGAUGAAUGGACAAAAACCAUCUGUAAGAUAGCAUUCUUUAUUCUCACCAGAGAAAUGCGUCGCAAGGGAGCAUUGCUGAAAGUAGAGCUCUUCUUGGAGUGUUCUCUGUCUUCGUACGGUACAAUUCUGAAGGGAUGGGCCGUAGAUCUGGAAGGUCGGCGAACUUUAGAAACAAACUGUAAAGCAAAACGGGACGCCCGAGGACAUGAAGGCCUAACCUCAUGCAACAUACCCAAAUUUAUCCACACCCACGCACCUUGGAAAAUUGUCCCAACACCCAGGAACACCUCUACCGUCAGACCGUCCACGCCAACCGAGGGUAUAUUCGCAUUGGUCAAAGGGAUGGUAUGUGCAACGAAGGUCGUAAAAAGGAAUCGGGUGAAACACAAAAGGGAUAUAGAAGGGAGGAAAGGAAAUGAAUAUCGUUCCGUAUUCGGGAAUUUCGUUAUCUGA